AACAGAUUCUCCCAAGAAAACAACAUAAAUCUCCAUCAUGUCUUCCGAUACAGACUACCAGACAUACAAGCUUGGUAACUUUAAGUUGAAAUCCGGCGGAGAAAUUCCAGAUGCCUUCAUCGCAUACAAGACGCUGGGCGACCCAUCGCUCCCAGCUGUAGUCUAUCCAACAUGGUAUUCUGGAAAGAUACAGGAGAACCUCUGGCUCACAGGCUCAGACAAGACGCUCAACCCUUCCAAAUACUACAUCAUUAUCCCCGCUCUAUUUGGCAAUGGCCAGUCGUCGUCGCCAUCCAACAUGCCCAGUCUGCGGCCAUUUCCUGAAGUGCUAUUCUACGACAAUGUACGCGCCCAGUAUGAGCUUGUGAGCAAGCAUCUCGGUGUCAAGCACGCACGUGCGGUAUUGGGAUGGUCCAUGGGCGCAGGACAGACAUAUCAGUGGGCAACCCAAUAUCCAGACUUUAUGGAUAUCGCAGUCCCGUUCUGUGGCAGUGCAAAGACCAGUCUGCAUAACCAAGUCUUCAUAGAGGGCGUCAAGAGUGCGCUUUAUGCCUCGAUUGGCACAAGUUCAGGUGGUGUCUCCAAGUCGGACCUUUACACUGCCAGUGGCAAGCCUGUAACAUUCUCGGCCGAGGCCCGAGAAGUCGGACUGAGAGCCCUUGGACGCGUAUAUGCUGGUUGGGGCUUCUCUCAAGCCUUCUACCGCGAGAAGCUCUACGAGACAGCGCCAACGUUGGGCUUCAAGAACCUCGACGACUUCCUCGUCAACUUUUGGGAGGCCUGGGCGCUGUCAAAAGACCCGGAGAACAUGCUGGUCAUGGCGCAUACGUGGCAGGCGGGUGACUGCUCUAACCAAGAGCCAUACAACGGCGACUUCGACAAGGCGAUGAAGGGUAUCAAGGCCAAAAUGCUAGUCUUGCCAGGAAAGACGGAUCUCUACUUUCCGCCAGAGGAUUCCGAGUCUGAGGUGCAGAGUAUGAAUCCCGGCAUAGGGACUCUGAAGGUCUUUCCAUCUAUUUGGGGUCAUUGGGCUGGCGGUCCUGGACAGUCCACAGAAGACGUGAAGUGGUUGGACGAGAAUCUGAAGGAGUUUUUCAACAAGAACUAAGUAGUGUACUCAAGGCCGCUCUUUCCCU